CGUUCCCCAAGGCAUUAGAUAGCUAAGAUGUUGUUGACCAAGACCCUGGAGUAUCUGUUUUACCUGGCCCUAUUCGCCUUCAUGUGCAAGUACGCCCAGGCGGCCAGCGUCCAAUCCACGGAAGCACCUGUAGUUCCAACGCAAACAAUAAGAAAACCCCAAAGAGCUGAAAACCUUCUAAGCGGAUGUGAGGCGUCUUCGUUCAGUUGGAUGUGCCUUAAGAUCGAGUUUGUCAAGAUCAUGGAGAAACUAGCGGAACAGGAGGAACUUAAUGUUCUGCCCGGCGUCAGUGUGGUCAAGGAUGAGAAUGCCACGGAACUCAAGACUUCCGAGCUAAUGGCAGAAGUGGCCCGUAGCUACCCCAGCGACCCGAGCACUCGCCUCAACGGAUACAUCGUGGCCAAGCUGGAGAACCUGCUGAAAACGCGCUUCCUCCGAUUUCGCCUGCUGGAUGACAAGUCCCUUGUAGAGGGUCGCAAGCACAAGUUCGGCAAGAAAGGAGGCUUGGAGGCGCUGGUGGCAGCCGGAGUUAUGAUGAAGGGCAUGCUGAUGGCCAUGGGCUUCGGGGCCAUCGCUCUGAUGGCCGGAAAGGCCCUGAUGACAGCCCUGAUGGCCUUGACACUGUCUGGAGUUUUGGGCCUCAAGAGCUUGGCCGGUGGCGGUGGAAAGUCUACCACCUACGAGAUAGUGGCUAAGCCCAUUUACACCUCUAGUCACUCCCAUUCGGUUACCCACGAGGAUGGAGGUCACGGAGGUCACAGUCCCCACUUUGCCGCUGGAGGCGGUGGCGGAGGUACCGCCAGUGGAUUUGGAUAUGGAGGCUAUGCCAGGUCCCUAAAAGUUGACCAGUCAGCAAACAAAAUCCAAUAACUCUGGACCAGAGAAGACUAACGGAAUAUCUCAUAAUUUAUUUAUUUAUUUAUUUUUACUUUAAUAACGCAAUAUAAGCAUAUUUACAGCAGCUUAUUGCGUUUUUAGUUUUUUUUGGCUUGAUUAGGUAAUCUUGGGUUGAACAAUAGAACGAAGUUAUGCCACCAAAUUAGUUGACCACUUAACAACAUUUUUAGGCGCACGAUUUUCGGCGCCCUUAGGGUGUUUCCAUCAGCCAGCGAAAACCCAAAAUAUUUAAUAGGCCUAAAAUUAAACUGAAUUUAAAUUUUACUUUCAAACAUUGAUAAGUUUUAUAGUAAAAAUUAAUCACCUGCUG